UGCGCGGGCACGAGACGCACAAGGUGAGAACCUGAGCGGGCACGAAGACAGCGGUGACCACCGUGUGUAAUACUACAACUUCUACUAUCACUACCAUUGCUACUAGUACUCUUUCUUUUACUGCCGCCGCUGUGCGCUCUGGGAACUCACCGACAGCUCCGCGUCGUGGAGACCCCAGACUGUUGUACCAGCCGUCAAAGCGAGGAACCUCCCAGCUUUUCUCUGCGCCUGAGGCUGAUCAACACAUGGCGAGUUUGUUUUAAGACUUUUUGUUCUACUUCAUCUGAGUUCAGCGAAGUGAUUUUUACAAACUGUGGACUCCUACUACUCACGUUCACUGACGAGGAGCACCAAGCCAACCACUGCGCACACACUCCAAACCUGUUUACGCACAUCCAUUGAUGCGAGAGAUGGUCCUGAGAUCAGACUCCUGACAAGAGCAGAGAAGAGCUGGAGACCUGGAGACAGGGUGAAGCAUUCCGCUGAAUGCAUCCUCCUCCUCUGUGACACAAAGGAGUCGGCUGGUAUAAAAGAAGUGUAUGUUCCCCUCAGCAGUCUCACUUCACUUCCAUGCUCUUCCCUCCUCAUCUUUUCAACUCUCAGCUUUGUCUGCGAGAUCAGGAGCUAAGAUGACUUUCUACGAUGACAUUUACCCAUUCUACCCUCUACAAAGGACUUCCUUCAUCUUCAGCGGCCGCUUGUUCACCAUUAUCCUGGUGUUCCUUGUGCUCGCAGUGAGUCUGCUCCUCAUUCUGCCGGGGAUACGAGGGAAGUCGAGGCUGUUCUGGAUGUUUAGAAUAAUCAUCAGCUUGUUCAUAGGUGCAGUGAUAGUGGCUCUCAACUUUACUAACGACUGGGCCGAGGCCAGGAUGACCACGACUGCCACUUACAAGUCUUUCAGCAACGCCGUGGUCAACGCUGAGAUCGGCCUGCAUGUCGGACUGUACGGCAUCAACGUCACGCUGAAGGGAAAUCCUGUUGUGCAGUUCAACGAGACCAUCGACUACAACGAGAUGUUCAGCUGGCACGACACCAUCGAGGAAGAGUACGAGGAAGCACUGGAGAAAGGUUUACCCAAUCCUAUCCUGUAUAUCGCUGAGAAAUUCACCCUCGGCAGCCCGUGUGGACUCAUCUUCCAGUACAGAUACUCUGGACGAUACGCCUCCGCGACCCUCUGGACUGCGUUUUGCUGCUGGAUGCUUGCCAAUAUCCUGUUCUCCAUGCCGGUCAUCCUGUACGCUGGCUACAUGAUGAUGGCGACGGCCGCCUUCAUCUUCUUCUCCAUGGCCUCCUUCUCCACCAUCAUGAAUGUGCCACAGUGUGUCUUCUCCAUAGGAACCGACUCCUUCGAAACAGAGUACAGCCACUCGUUCUGGCUGGCUCUGGCCACAGGUGUCCUGUGCACCAUCAUUGGGAUCCUGGUGGUGGUGUUUGACUUCAUGAUACCAGAGAAGAUGAAGGAGGCGUUCAGCGGCGGCGUUGACAGUGAUGAAGAUGAGGAGGUUACUGACGAGGAGGGAUACCUGAAUUCAGUUUUUCUUGAAGGAGUGACAAUUUCAACAUCAAAAUUCAGCAUGGUUCAUAUAUGAAGCCGUCCAUGUUUCCCUCGGGAAACUUCUCCAGCCACUACUUGAAGAUGUUUUUGGUGAAUGUGCUAAUGAUUCUGUGUUUAUUUUCAAUACCUAAGUGAGAAUGUAAGUGUUGUGUUUGAAGUGAAGUGAAGAAUUGUGAAGUUCAUUGUCAUGUUACAGUAGUUGUAAAUAAUUAUUAACUUGUAUGGGAUCCAUACAAUGUGUAUAUACAUUUAUAUGGGCAUUAUGGAUUAUGUUACUGUUUAACUCAUUGAACGUGUAUAAAAAUGGUGUCUGCACAGUAAUGAUCAUGGCGUGGAGCCAACGUAUCUGGGUCCCUCAAAUAAUUACACUCUCAACCAAUCAUGAGUCAGUCGCAACUGUCAAUCUUGAUGUGUCACCCCAUUGUUAUAGCUCAAACACCCAAUUUACAAGGAGGAGGCAGGGUUUAUGAACAGUUCUGCAGCCAGCCACAAGAGAGCAUUCAAGACGAUUUGGCUUCACUUUUUGGAGUCUAUGUUUCAACCCAUUUAAUUUAGCUUACUUUGACGUUUCAUAGCCAGUGCAGGAUUCCUUACUGUGCAUGCAUGUUGCUGGUAACUUCUGCAUAGUGUCUGAGCAGCAUCACUGGUUGCAGUUUCCUUCUUUUCUUCUGAUCCCCGACCCCCACCCCCCUUGAGAAAGUGUUAAAAAACACAAAAGGAAACAACCCAAAGUUCAAACCAUCAAUUGCUAAACCAAGCAAACAUAUUUUAUUGUCUUAUCUGUUUGUUUUUUGCAGCAACACCUUAAUAAAUUAAAG